UCAAAGAGAUAAAUUAAGAUGAUAUCAAAUUGGAGCAAAGUAGAGAGUGUUCCAAAAUCCUAUAAUUUUCCAUUCGGAGAAAGACCAGACGAUAAUCUAAUAGCCCCCUUUUGUAAUUCAAUCCCAAUCAUCGAUCUUCAAUCCCUCUCCUCUCAAAGAACUGAAAUCAUCAACCAAAUCUUGAAGGCUUCUCAAGAUUAUGGAUUCUUCCAGCUGAUUAAUCAUGGGAUAUCCGGGGAAUUAACAAGGGAUAUGAUGCUAGUAGCUGAAGAAUUAUUUGAUCUACCAACAGAAGAUAAAGCAAGAUUAUAUUCUGAUGAUCCAAAUAAACUUUGUAAAAUGAAAAUGAGCAUAGAUUACUCUAGAGAAAAGGUUCAUUAUUGGAGAGAAAAUUUUCAGCAACCAUGUCAUCCUCUUCAAGAUUAUAUCAAUGAUUGGCCAACAAAUCCACCAAGAUACAGGUAAUCGAUCUUAUGAAACAA